AUUUGGGAAUAACUGUUCAUUGGAUUGAAGAAGGAAGUCUCGAACGCAAAUCUUACUUAUUAUCUAUUAAGCGAUUGAUAGGAAGUCACACUUAUGAGAUAUUAGCCAGAUCUAUGGAAUCUGUCUAUACAUUAUUUAACAUAAAUAACAAAAUUUUAUAUACAACAACAGAUAAUGGCAGCAAUUUUGUUAAAAGCUUUAGAGUAUUUGGGGCGAAUGACGAUGAUACCAAUGCCUUGAAUGUUACACAGCUAGAUAAUAACACAGCCACGAUGCCAUACAUCACCUUCAUUCCUGAUGAUGUGGAUGAUUUGGAUAAUUGUACUGUUACAAAUGAAGAUGAAGAUAAUGAUUUUCAAGAUAUAUCUCAUUUAAAUAUUGCUGAAGUAUUGGAAGACACAGAGGAUGAAGUAUAUAUUUUGCCAAAACAUCAUAGAUGUGCAGCACAUACUCUCAAUUUAAUCGCUACUAAUGAUAUUCAAAAAGCUAUUUCUGGUGUAAAAAAUGCAGUAUCGCCUCUGUGGAAGUAUAAGCAGCAGAGCAGAACAACCUUUGCGAAAUUAACUAAUCUUUGGAAUAAGCAAAACCGAUCUACUAAAAUUGCUGAUGUUAUAAAAAGUUGUUUUGGAGUAUACCUUGUCACUCCAACAGAAACAAGAUGGAAUUCAACAUAUGACUCAGUAAAUUUUUUUUUGAAGAUAUCCAAAUUAAAUUCAUCAAAAUUAUUUAGAUUGUGUGAUGAGAUUGAUAUUGUACGAUUUAAUAAAAAUGAUAUGGAAUUCCUUGAAGAAUAUUCUCAGAUGAUGGAACCAUUA